UCAUCAUCAUCAUCACAAUGUCAGAGAUCAAUGGUCUAAAUCGAAUCAAAGGAUCACCAAAGCAAGUGUUCAUUCGAACGCCUCUUUUACAUUCAGCGCCUCUAUCCAAUCUUGCUUCAAAAUGCGGUAAGAGGGUUGACGUUUACCUCAAAAUGGAAGCUUUACAACCUUCCGGCAGUUUCAAAGUGAGAGGAUUGGGAAAUUCAAUCUUGAAAGCAUACGAUAGCACAAAAGGUCCGUUUCAUAUCAUUUCAUCUUCUGGUGGAAAUGCAGGUCUAGCAGCAGCUUAUUGUGCACGUGAAAUGGAAGAACAAUGUACAAUCUUUGUUCCAUCAACAUGUGAAGAAUUUGUCAAAGAUCUUUUACGUGCAGAAGGUGCGAAUGUAAUUGUUGCAGGUGCAGCAUGGGAUGAAUGCGAUAUAGCAGCAAAAGAGCUAUUACAAAAAGAGAAAUCUGCCGGAAGGAUGGCUUAUUACGUUCAUCCGUUCGAAGGUGAAGAUACCGUUGAAGGUCAUUCGACAAUGAUGGAUGAAAUCUUUCAACAAUUACAAGAAGUUGGCGUACGGAAUGGAAGACCGGAUAUAGUCACUUGUAGUGCUGGAGGGUGUGGGCUACUUCGUGGUGUUAUGAGGGGCAUUCAACGUGCUUUUUCACAAGAUCUACCUCAAGUCAUCGUCACACAAACUUUUGGUGCUAAUUCACUUGGUUCCUCCAUCACCCAAGCUCGCUCUAAAGGGCAAAGUUGGGAUGAUAAAGACGUCGUGCAAGUUUCUCUGCCUGCAAUUACUUCCAAAGCUACUUCUCUUGGCGCAAAGACAUGUUCAUUGCAAGCCGUAAAGGAAGGCUUACGAUAUGGUGAUAAACUCUCUUCCCUAAUAAUUGAAGAUCGAAUGGCAGAAGACGGGGCUUGGCGUUUUGCACAGGAUCAUCGUUUGUUGGUUGAACUAGCAUGUUCGUGCGUUCUUGCACCGAUUUAUCAUUCAAAGCGCAUCUUAAGCAAACUUUUGUCCGGUCCAAAUACAGAAUCCGAUGAACCUAUCGUUAUGGUUGUGAUCGUUUGUGGAGGAAACAAGAUCAAUACGGAAAUGAUUGAGCAAUAUCGAUUAGAAAGUGGUAAAGAGCCCGACCUGAAAAAUCGAAAAGUCACAAUAGACGGUGCAUCUAUAUAGAUUGACUAUGCAAUUGUAUUAUACCAUAAAUGCAUUUGGUAACC